GCAUUCUGGGCAUCUGUGAAGUAGCUACACAGAAAAAGAGGGGACCAACAUCAAGAGAACAAAAAGAGGAAAGAUUGGCUAUUAGAAUCAUGGCACCUGAAGUCAUGGCUGAGCUUCGUGAUUGGCUCUUUCUUCUCCUGCUGUGCCUCACACUGUUGGCCGAAGUGCUACAGUGUUCUGCGACUGCCUCACAGGGAAUGGCUGCAGAGAGGGAUGUAGUGUGUCCCUCCGUGUGCCGCUGUGACGAAGAUUUUAUUUACUGCAAUGACCGUGGUCUGAGUGCUAUCCCGCCACUCCCCCCAUCUGCCUCUAUUCUUUAUCUACAAAACAAUCAAAUAGAUAAUGCAGGACUUCCCACAUCCUUGGAGUACCUCACUACGGUGGAGGUUAUAUAUCUCUAUGAUAAUGAACUCGAUGACUUUCCCAUGCACCUACCACCAUCAUUAAGGGAGCUUCAUCUUCAAGACAACAACAUCCGGGUGUUACCACGAGCUGCUUUAGCCAGGUUGCCUCUCCUGGAGAAGUUGCAUUUGGAUGACAACUCAGUGUCCACAGUUAGCAUAGAAGACCAGGCUUUUGCUGACAAUCCUCGCCUCCGUCUGCUCUUCCUUUCCAGAAACCAUCUUUCCAGCAUUCCCUCAGGGCUUCCUGCCUCGUUAGAGGAGCUCCGCUUAGAUGAUAAUCGCAUCUCAACAAUUCCUACACAUGCCUUCCGAGGUUUGUCUUCUUUGCGCCGUCUUGUCUUGGACGGUAACCUUCUAGCCAAUCAGCGAAUUGCAGACGACACCUUCUCACGCCUUGCAAACCUCACUGAACUGUCUUUAGUACGCAACUCCCUUCAGACUCCUCCUCUAAAUUUACCAAGUGCACACCUGGAAAGACUUUCUCUUCAGGACAAUGCCCUGAUCCACAUGCCACGGGGCUCCCUUGAUGGAAUGCGUAGUCUUCAGAGACUGGACCUUUCCGGGAACAACCUGACCACACUUCCCAGAGGUCUGUUCCGGGACUUGGAGAGCCUGGGACAGUUGCUUGUGCGUGGUAACCCUUGGCACUGUGGAUGCAACCUGCGCUGGCUUUACGACUGGCUGGAAGCCAAAGGAAACACUAUUACAGUCCGAGGACUAACUUGCCAAUCUCCAGAACGAGUGCGUGACAUGCCACUAAGGGAUCUUACCAGCCAAAUGGAUGACUGUGAAUUGGCAGCCGCUGGAGGUGGAGGGAUAGGUGGAGUGGGCUCAACAGGUGGAGGAGGUACUACUGGCAAUAAAAUGAUUGUAGGAGGAGUCAGUUCCACAACUCUGUCCCCUCCACAAGGCUCCCUGUUCACUCUGCGAUCUAAGCGACCAGGUCUGGGGCUUCCAGACAAAGGCAUAGACUACACACUUGGCAGCAGUGGUGUGGGCAAAAACCUGGCCCUGAAUGUUAAGCCACUAUCCCAUGAUAGCAUCAGGGUCACGUGGAGUGUGGCUCAAACAUCUUCUUCUUUCAGACUUAGUUGGCUUAGACUGGGGACUAGUGCUGCAAUGGGCUCCAUUACUGAGACUCUAGUGAGGGGUGAUCGAAGAGAGUAUCUCCUUACUGCCCUCCAACCGGCAUCCAGCUACAUCAUCUGCAUGGUUCCCUUAGUCUCUAGCAAUGGAAACAAAGGAAGCAUGUCUGGAGGGAACACAGACACAGAUGAGGCUCCAGUGUGUGCCAAGACUGAGACAUCUGAUCCCAACCUGUCUGAUGUUGACCAAGGGGAGGAUCGGGGCUCGGACCAGAUCACCUCACUACCACUUGCUGGGAUUAUCGGUGGAGCCACAGCGAUAGUCUCUUUAACACUUAUUCUUGGAAUAUUCUGUUGGUAUGGCCAUCGCGCCAGACGAUUUUCCUCAAGAGAACACUACAGCCGCAGUAGCUCACGCAAAAGUAAGCAUUAUGAUGACUACGUUGAAUCGGGCACUAAAAAAGAUACCACCAUCCUGGAGAUCCGAGGACCUGGAUUCCAGAUGACGCCAAUGGCUGCUAGAGAAACAAUGCAGCCCAAGCCAGUACAGGAGGACUACAUAAUACACACAAUCUUCCCUUCCAAUGGCACAGGUCUAUACAAACCACCCCAUCCCACAACCAAUGCAAGCUACGGUACAAACCGUGGCUAUAGAGAAGGGGGUAUUCCAGAUUUAGAUUACUCUUACACGUGAUAAGCCUGAUUUAGUGAACACUAUUUUAAAAAAAUAUGGUACUGGAUAGAUGCACAUUUUUUAUCUGCAUGGGGUCUACAGGACCCCGAUGUGCCUUCUGUCUUCAUUCCAACCUAGCCUGCUGUUAACGGCACCAAGGAAGCUCUAAAUUGGCCCAAAUGCCUACUAAGAAACAGUUUUCUUUGUUUGGCACCAGAAAGAGCCUAUAUCAUUUUAGGCAAUGAUUCCAACUGGCAUUUUCACUCCCCCCAGUGUAACAUGGUAUGUCCUCGGCACCACUGCUUUAUCCCUGACUCCCUCAGUGAGGUGGAUUCAAGGGCAGUUCAAACUGUAUUUUACACAGAGAUUUAGUCUAUUUAGAGCUCAAAUCAUAUGUGAUAUGGAUAAAUGGCACUUACUGAAAAAAGAACAAAUUUGUAUGUAAACCUUCAUCUCCUGUGACUGUAAUUGUAAGCUGCUCAACUGCUUCAUAGUGUUGCUCGUGACAUGAUGUGGAGGAGGGCAGUAAUGGCUAGAAAGAAAGAGAACACCAUGGUGGAUAAAGAUUGCUCCAAAUCCACUGUUGUACAGGGAAUCAAAAGUUUGCCUUGGCAGUGCAGCUCUUCUGGGACAAAAAAACCCAACAAAAACGUGCUGGAGAAUACACGGGCUAACAUUUUGGUUCUGGCGUUUAUAAGUGACUUUGGACUUGGACAUCUUGGUGUAGGAUUUUAUGCGGAGUGUUCAUGCACACUAGUUUUAAACACUUGAAAAUGAUCUUGAUAUGGUAGCAAGGUUCUUGCUGUCUAGUUCCUUGUUACGUGGA